ACUGACUCAUACAGUCUUUACGUUGCUACAUUUUUCUGUAAUAUCGUCCCACACAACUUUCGUCUCUCUCGCAUCUUACAUACGUUGAGCACGUCAAAGGUAUGCAUGCAAAAUUUACAAUAACUUAUGGUUUUAAAUGUGUCUAUUUUUCCAUAUCUCCAGCGCAAUGGCCAAAGUAAUCAGCCAGGAAACAUUUGAUGAGGUGGUGAAGGAAAACAUAGUCGAAUUUUCGAUGUCGGUUGAAGAGGCACGAGAGGAAACUAUCAAACAAUUUGAAGCUCAGGGAAUCAAUCUAGGAAAUAUCAUCAAAGAUCUGAACGUGAACCCGGAAACGGGAAUUCCGUUGAUGAACGAAAGUGUGGACGCAUUGAAAUUACUCGAAAAAUCUAUCAACACGGAGCACGAGAAGUUUGGCCAGCAUUUGGAUGUCGUUGCCGAAGAGUGCAAGCUGGGCGUCCCUCACCGUGUGUUGGCUGCAAAACUUGGCGCAUACGAUCUGAUUGUUAAUGUGCUGGAAGCAAAAGAGGAGCUACCAGUGGACGUUUUGAUUCAAUUGGUAAACGCAGCCAAUGCAAUCAUAAAUAAGCAACCGGACGUGUUUAACAUUAACUCGCUCGCCGUCGCGCUAAAGCAUUUAAAAAGCGCAUCCGAUAGUAAAGUUAUUUGUGCCGUGCUAAGAUGGCUUCAAAAGGCGUGUAUUUUGCACGAAAUGAACCGGCAAAUGAUUAUGGAGGACAAUCUUACAAUUCCUACUGUUAAAGCUUUCCUCGCACGACCGGAACCGGAAGUCGUACGUAAUACUUGCACGCUGUUCCGGUACUUGGUGUUGGACGAUGAUAUUCGGGUCGAGUUUGGUAAGGCGCAUGAACAUGCUCGUCAAUUAGCAGCGGAAUCGCUCACUGAAAUCACGCAGUUACUGACCAAGUUCAAGUCUGAUCAAGAUACCGUAGGUGAUUUGAUGCUAACCAUCGCAUCGUUGACCGUUCGCAAUGAAUUUUGCCAGACGGUCGAGGAGGCAGGAGGACUGAAAUUUAUACUGGAUGCGAUGGUCGAGUAUCCGGACUCGGUGAAAAUUAUUCGCGAGGCGUGCAAACUGCUCAAAGCCUUGGCCGGUAAUGACACCGUCAAGCUGCACAUAGUCCAAUGUGGGGCUGCUCCGUUGUUGGAAUCGGCAUUGAAUCGUCACAAAGACAACGAACCUUUCGCAAGACACGCAUUGGCUUGCAUAUCUACGCUGGCGCUUCGCGAGCCGAGCAACAGCAGUACCUUGUUCGAGACGGGCAUUUCGGAGACGAUUAUUCAAACGAUGAAAAUCCACAGUGGCAGCAAGAUCAUUCAGCGCAAUGGUUCCUGGGCCGUGCGUAACAUGGUUUCACGAUCGCGCGAUCAAUGUGACACGUUCAUAGCGCAGGGAGCCGAAGAUGUACUAAAUCAGGCUCUGAAAGAUCAUCCAAGCAUCGCACACGACGUAAAGUCAGCUCUUCGGGAUCUGGGAUGCAAGGUCCAUCUGAACGAGGAGUGGAAGGCUCAGUCGGAAAUUCAAAUUAAAAAUGACACAAAUUAACUAUUGCACACGCAACGAAAUGCAUUGUAACGAUUAUGAAUCCUUAAACAUUACCGCAUACUAACGUGAGUUUUGCACAUCAUUUGACAACGUACACAGUCCAAUAAAAAUCGUAUGUUUUUCACUAAUCAUCCUUAUUUAAAAAUAAACAUGUUUCUAUCU